AUGGGGGUUGACUUGGAGUACUUCGAUGAUCCAGUACCGUCGGAAUUUCUGUGUUCUUACUGCCGUAAAGUUUACCUUCAUCCCUUAGUUACCGGUUGUGGACAUGUGCUAUGCACAAAAUGCUACAACAAGCGAUCUAUAAAGCAUCUUGGGUGCCCACUUUGCGGAAAAUCAAUGGGUGAAGGGAAAACAAGUGACUUAGAUCCGAUGUGGAAACGGCGAUACGAGCGAAUCCAUGUAAACUGCACGAAAGGUUGUGAGCAGUUAAUCACAAUCAGGGACUUGGAAGCGCAUUUGAAAGGGUCGUGUCCAUUGACCCGUACCAUUUGCCCGAAUAGUGGUUGCAAUAAGAAAUCACGAAGGAGAGAUUUGCCUUUACAUUUAUCCAAAUGUGAGUAUCGAGAAGUCGAAUGUGAGGGAUGUGGUCACAAGACUCGAUUGGUCGACUUACGAAUGCAUCAGAUUGUGAAGAAAUGCACUCGACGGAAAAACUUGCACAUGAUCGUACAGAACCGGCGCGCGAUGGACGCAGCAGUCAGAGAACACAGAAUUCAUUUACAAGGAGAAACUUUCAAAAGAGAACUCCAAGAAAGGGAUUUAGAAAAGAUGAAAAUGUGGGAUACUAUAAUGCGUAAUAAUCCCAACCGGCCUGCCUCUGUCACCCCUAGCACUAGUCGAAGUCACAUGUCAGGGGGGGACCUAGCUGUUGCUACCUCCCCCGGCCCACAUCCGGGGCACUGGCAACCACCAAGAAGUAGGGUGUCCACACCUGGACGUCCCCACAGUCCCCUGGAUACAGCAAAGCUGUGUUUACACUGCAAUAAGUUAUUUCUUGAAGAGGCGAACCACGAUGAGGCAUGUCGCUGGCAUCAAGGGCCGAUUGUUGACGUGUUUGGGGUAAGUCAAAUGACCCUAUUGAUUUUUAGUGACAAACCAAAAAUAACAUCCUAUUUUGUUAUUUCAAACUACAGCCAGAAGCUAACAAAUUAUUAUUUUUUCUCUCUACACAACCUGACACUCCCACGUCACACACUUACAGGGGGUAAGUAUGUGAAAAUGAUUUUGACAAAUAAAUCUUGUAAUUUCUUACAAUCUAUUUUUUUUAUUUGCAUGUCAAUGGUGUUUCCCUAAACAGAUGUGCCAAUCAUGUGGAAAGCUAGAUAAUCUGGAAGGCUGUGUCACUGGUUUCCAUUUCCCAGUUAACAUCAAGCAUGGAGGCAAAAGAAGCACAAGGCAAACUCCAGAGAUACAAGCUUUCCUAACAAGCUCCUGACACAAGGAAGAGAAGAUAUUAAUGGAACAGGAACAAAGUGGUCUUCUCUUUCUGUGGCAGAUAAAUUGUAAAUUGCAGGGUUAAUUAGAGUCCAUUGCUUGUGUUUCUGUGAAUGGACAAACUUGCGAAUCAAGUAUCCAGAAAGCUACAUAUUUAAGAAGUUCAAUAGUGGCAAAAUUGUUAAAAACUUUGACCAAUGAAAAGCCAUAUGAACAUUAUAGCCUCACUCCCAUGCUUGGACUAGCUUUUUAUUGUCACUCUUAUUGGUAACAUAUUUGCAGAAGCUGUUAGGAACUUGAUACUCAAGUUUGUCCUUUGCUCACACAAACAACAACCUGGAAAUCUGAGUCACCCAGCAAUCCAACCUGCGUCCAUCCCACCCUGCAGUUAACACCUGUCAGUGACAAAGUGGAGAAAAUGAUUUGAUAAAAGAGCUGCUCAAAGCAGGACAACAUUUUCUUUUUUCUGCAUCUUGAACGUGCAACAUAAUUUUGCCUAGCGCCAGCCGAAAAAAUAUAUUUUAAGGGUGGUGGUGAUGGCAAAUUCCAGAUUUUCUCUGCAAAAAAUGGACAGCCGAGCUCUCAACAACAAAAACAAGAGUUUUUUUUACCAUUAUAUAACUCAUAUCCUAUUCACUGCCCACUGCCAAGUGUAAACUAAAACUAGCUAGAGAUUAUCACAACACAUCAAGUUUAUAAUCUAGUAUCUUUGAUAGUCCUUCAAACAGAAAAUAUCCCUCAAACUUCUCUUUCUUCAGAAAAUGUGGAAACCAUAGGAUAUCAUCAGGCCACAUCUCGUCAAAUGGAAUUGCACUAUUUUCAAACCAAUGAGGUCUCAUUUCUGUAAAAUAAAUAACGUACUGUUACAGCUCCAGAAGAAGAUUUAAGAGAUCAAGGGCUUUUAUAGUUUUACAACAGCUGUUAUUUUUAUAUAGAAAAAGACUAAUAAAAGCAUAUGAUUCUUUUAACAA